UAUUGCUCUGCCUUGAUGCUCUAUUGCUCUGUCACGGAUCGGUGAGGUCACGGCUUGCCGUGACGUCAGCGCGUAUGUGUACUGCCGCCGCGUCUGCCCUGGGGCACGGUGGGGUCGGCCGCGGGCCGGUUGGGGCCGCGGGCCGGCAGUGCGCUGGGUGAGCCAAUACAGUACAGACCAGUUCGUUACAGUGGCGACGAGAAUCACUGGACUUGAAGAGGAGGUGGAACAUUUGGCACAAGUAUGGUACAUGGAGCGUUGGGUGAGUUUGAUCCGGGCAAUGAAGGAAUCGGAAGUUACUUGGAACGGUUUGAUUUUUACUGUGAGGCAAAUGGGAUCUCAGCAGCGGAACGGAAGAAGGCUGUUUUUCUGUCAACUGUAGGCCAUGGCACGUUUGAUAUAAUUAAGGAUCUGUUACACCCAGUGGGGCUUUCUGAUGCGUCCUUGGCCGAAAUAAGAGACAGUUUACUUCGGCAUUUCAAGCCUCAAAGCGUGGAAAUAGCGGAACGGUUCAAAUUUUUCAAGCGGACACAACAGUCGAAUGAGUCUGUGAGUGAGUAUAUUGCUACGCUGAGGAAAAUGGCCAAGGAAUGUAAUUUCGGUGACUAUUUGAAUACGGCGCUCAGGGACCAGCUCGUAUGUGGAAUGAAAGAUGUCAAGUGUCAGCGAGAGCUGUUGAGCAAGUCUGAUCUGACAUUGGAAUCUGCCCUGCAGCAGGCCAAGGCCAUGGAGGCGGUGCAGAGAGAGGCUUCUUGUUUCAGCGGAGAGGUGGCCGCGGCUGCUAACCGGGUGGCCAGUGGGCCGCAGCGGACCAUCAGAAGCGCCCAGCCCGGGCACAGGGACGCGCCGACAUCAGCUGACUCAGCUAAGUACGGCCGAUCGUGCUGGCGCUGUGGCAAUCGGCAUGGUGGGAAAUGCCGAUUCGAGUCCGCCAAAUGUUACGCAUGUGGUCGUCAGGGUCACAUUUCAAGAUGCUGCCGGCAGCAGGCGUCUUCAGUUCACCACCAGGGAGUGUCUGGAGAGCAGCCUGAUGAUGACAGCGGCGCGGUGGAGCCGGUCCUGCUGGAGAACUUGUCGACUCCGAGUCAGCCGGUGUAUGUGGUUAACCGCGCCCAGGCAACUCCCGAUCGUGGUCGUCCAUGGAUCGGCUCCAUGCCUCCUGGGUCGGAACUGGCUGGAGAAGAUGCAGAUCUGCUGGUCUGACGUGCACGCGCUGAGGACUUCACAUCUACAACGACUCAAAAGCAAGUAUGGCUCUGUGUUUCGUGAGGGGCUGGGCACAUUGAAAGGUGUAGAAGUCAGGCUUGAUAUCGACAGAAGUGUUGUUCCUAAGUUUUUCAAAGCUCGCUCUUUACCAUUUGCGUACAAACAGAAGGUUGAGGAUCAGUUAGACGCAGACAUUGCUAGUGGUGUGCUGGUCCCAGUUAGGAACAGCCGCUGGGCAGCGCCCAUUGUACCAGUCGUGCGGCCUGACGGGCGCAUUCGUGUCUGUGCGAAUUUUAAACUGACUGCAAACAGAGCUGUGAAACUUGACAAGUACCCACUGCCCAAGACAGAAGAAAUGUUUGCAAAGCUAGGAUCGAAGAAAGUCUGGUCCAAAAUUGAUUUAGCACAGGCCUACAAUCAGGUUAAGAUACAUAAAGACUCACGAGAUAUUCUCACCAUCAACACUUCUCGUGGGCUCCUGCAGUACACCAGGAUGCCAUUUGGAGUAAACUGUGCUGUAGGAGUUUUCCAGAGGGAGAUAGAGCGCGUUUUGAGCGGCAUUCCAGAUGUGGUUGUUUACCUUGAUGAUGUGCUCGUUGGCAGCCAGUCAGAGGAAGAACACUGGAAGGUGCUGGGAUCGAUCUUCAGUCGACUGGAGGCUGCUGGACUCCGAGUUCGGGAGACCAAGUGCGCGUUCUUUCAAGACAGCGUGGAGUAUCUGGGACAUCACAUGAGCAGGGAUGGAAUUCGGCCGACGUCAGACAAGGUGAAGGCUAUCGUGGAUGCCCCCCGCCCCGCUAAUGUGACUGAGCUCAAGUCUUUCCUCGGACUUGUUACAUACUACUCGCGAUUUAUAGCGCAGCGUGCCGAGGUCUUGUCUCCCCUGUAUGACCUUUUAAGGGCAGGGGCCAGCUGGACAUGGGGGCCUUCACAAGAGAAGAGUUUUAAUUCUGUGAAAGACGCUCUGGCCUCCCACACUUUGUUGGUUCAUUUUGAUCCAGAAAAACAGCUGAUUCUUACCACCGAUGCAUCAUGCAGGGGGGUCGCUGCAGUAUUGGCUCAUCUCGAUGAUAAUGGUGUAGAGGCGCCGAUCGCUUUCGCCUCUAGAAGAUUGUCUGUAGCAGAGCAAAAGUACAGUCAAAUUGAGCGUGAGGGCUUGGCGGUCAUCAUGGGAGUAACCAAGUUCCACCAGUAUCUGUGCGGGGUAACUCGACCAUUCUUCCUCGUCACGGAUCAUAAGCCGCUCUUCAAGUUGUUUGGGCAGCAUGAGGCGUUGCCUGAGAUGGCGUCUGGGCGAAUCAGGCGCUGGGCUCUCAAACUGUCUGGUUAUAAUUACCGCAUUCAGUUCAAGCGAACACAUGAGAUUGCCAAUGCCGAUGCGCUGAGCAGGCUGCCCAGUCCUUACAUUGAAGGAGCGCAGCCGGAGGAACUGGUUCUUCAUGCAGAUGAGGACUGGUCUGGUGCUGAGGUCGGGGAAGCAGGUCCUCAGCCUGAAGAGUUGGAGCUGUUGACAGCGCAAAGCUGGUUAGAUGCGAAGCAGGUGGCCAAGCUGACCAGCAUGGACCCAGUGUUGUCGAACGUUGUGCGCCUUGUACAGUUUGGAGGGUGGCCCACUCAAAUUCCGGAAUCGCUCAAAUGUUUCGCCCCUAAAAAGGAUGAACUGUCACUGACGGCUGGGGUUCUGCUAUGGGGUCAUCGUGUUGUGAUUCCAGAUGCUGCCCGCAGAGCUGUGCUGAUGGAGCUGCACGUCGGACAUCCGGGCAUCGGCAAGAUGAAGGCGUUGGCGAGGAGCGUCGUCUGGUGGCCCGGCAUCGACCAGGAUGUGGAAGCAGUCGUCGGAGGGUGCACUGCGUGCCAGGAGAGUCGUGACUCGCCACCGCAUCGUGAGUUACAUCCGUGGCCGUGGCCCACGAAACCCUGGUCCCGCAUUCACGCGGAUUUUGCCGAGCCAGAGAAGGGGAAGUAUGUGUUGGUAGUUGUUGACAGUCAUUCUAAGUGGAUAGAGGCAGAAGUCAUGUACAGUACCGCAUCGGCUCCGACGAUCAAUAAAUUCCGGGCUAUGUUUGCGAGAUGGGGAUUGCCGGAUAUGAUCUGCACUGAUAAUGGGACAACUUUUACCUCGACUGAAUUUCAACAAUUCUUGAGAGAGAACGGCAUUGUGCAUCGCACGAUAGAGCCCCGUCACAGCCAGGGUAAUGGUCUCGCAGAGCGAGCCGUCAAGGAGGUAAAGUUGGCCUUACAAAGGGAGUCUGAUAGCGGCGGACCGUGGGACCUGAGACUCACCAGAUGGCUGAUGAGACAGCGCACAACACCUCAUUCAACAACCAUGGUGACACCCGCUGAACUAAUGAUGGGUCGCAGGCUUCGCACACGGCUAGAUCUGUUGUUUCCAGAUAUAGGCAAGACAGUCCUUCAGCAGCAAAACAGACAGAGGGCGUACUUUGACCGAACGGCUCAGUGUCGGCAAAUGCUGGUUGGCGAUGCGGUGUUCGCGAGAAAUUACGCUGUUGGGUUGCAGUGGCUGCCUGGGGUGAUCGUCGGCACCGAUGGCCCGGUGUCUUACGUGGUCCGUUUGUUUGAUGGCAGGCUUUGGAGACGGCAUGGUGACCAGCUGAGGAGGCGGCAGUCAGCUGAGCCGAUCAGUCCGCCGGAGGCGGCGUCACGGGAGGUCCGGCGGCCGUCGUCCGAUGCUGCUGUCCAGCCCGGGCGACCAGGUGGAGCGUCUCAGGGGACUGCACCGCCGGCACCGCUGUCGUCCGCCGUGCAGCCGUCGCAGUCGCGGCCGGGGGCGCUCACUCAGCAGCCGCCUCCGCCCAAUGUUCGGUCGUCGCCGACGCGGCCGGGGGUACCGGCUCAAUCGUCGCAUCGGCCGUCGCCCGUCUCCGCCCCGUCGUCACUCGAGCCGGGUGGGCCGCCGCAGCCGUCGGCGGACGUUUGGCCGUCGUCCGCUCCUGGAACGUGUCCGGCGCCGAGCUCACCGGAUGGGACUGGGCCUCAUCCAGAGGUGGCGACAUCUGUGGAGCGGACAUUGCGGCGCUCGACUCGAACGCGGAGAGCGCCUGAGCUAUAUCAGGCAGGGAGUGGGAUGUGAUGGCCUGUUACCUGUACUAGUGUUACGAGGAAGUGCUUAGUUAAGGAAGGGGGAGUGUAGUGUAUUGCUCUGCCUUGAUGCUCUAUUGCUCUGUCACGGAUCGGUGAGGUCACGGCUUGCCGUGACGUCAGCGCGUAUGUGUACUGCCGCCGCGUCUGCCCUGGGGCACGGUGGGGUCGGCCGCGGGCCGGUUGGGGCCGCGGGCCGGCAGUGCGCUGGGUGAGCCAAUACAGUACAGACCAGU